CUUGGAAAACGGGAUCAAAAACAGCAUGCCUUUUCUAAAAGUGUAAUUAGUACACGAAAGCAUGCUAUACAAGUAAUUUACAUAUACAUUAUCCUGUUUAUUCGAUUGCACAGUAAAGUUAACAACAUUUUCAGUUUUACAGUGCAUUACUCUACAAGCAAGUUUGACCCUCUGUCAUCGCCGUAGUUCCAUGCUGUGAAGCGGCUUUGCGAUUGAGGGGGAAGCACAGAGGCAACAUUUAAGCUCUACUUCUAAUGUUGCUCAGUCUCCAUGGAGGCUUUAAAGAUACUUUUUGACUUCCCGAGCCCCAUAGUACAAGUUCAGGCAGUGAGAAGUCUUGUUGCUGCUGUUCUUAAAGAGAAAGGUCCAAAUGAGAAAAUCACACAGUCUUCCACACAGGGCUCUGCCCUGGAGACCCUGUGGGAGCAGUGCUGCAGUGACUGCACUCUGGUGCGCUCAGCUUGCUGCGACGCCGUCGUACUGCUGGUGGACCAAGGCCACGCCAACCUGCAGUACGUCCUCAACAGCAUCCUCAACUUGCUGCCCUCUUCAAGAAAUGUGCAGGGGCUGAUCAAAGUAAUUGGACAGUUGCUACAGAUGCAGGCAGACCACAGAGACAGAGAGACACAAUUCAUCUGUCCUUACAGCAUCAGGAGUAGUCCCCAUCCAUACAUAACAGCCCUGGAGAACCGGUUGGACUGCUGGCCUGCCCUUCUCUCCGAGAUUGAUGACUUGGUUCAGCAGGCCGUUGACAGAAAUGAACCUGCCUACAUCAUCAUGCUGGCCCCCUUCCUGUGCUACCUCUACUGCCAACCUCAGAGGAGACCCGAGCACACCCUUUUUCGACAAGGCCUCCUUAGGGUGCUGCUCCCCACAGAUCCAGUUGGUCCACCUGUCCCUCAGGACAAGCGAUCUCUAGUGUUGGACAAUCUGCUCCAGUGUCUUUGCCAGCUAGCUCCACGCAUGCCAGUUGAUGAUGUGGAAGCGGUGCUGGAGCUGCAUGGAUUCAUCCGUGCUCUCCUUCCCAGUCUGUUCCAGCGGUGUGAAGAACCCUGGAGGAGCGAGAGGGUCAAAAUGUUGCUCCAGCUGCUCUGUGCCUGUCAGCGCUGCCUCAACUUAAAUGGAGAUUGUCGACCUCUGGUCGGCUUGAUGAUGAAGCUCCUCCCUUCGUGCCAACAGGAGCUGCCGCUGGAUGAGCUGUUAAUGGGAGUGGCCUUGCUGCUGUUUGAGGCUCCAGUAGCACAGCAGAGUUGCUUGCUCAGUCUCGUGUUGACUUUAGUACCUGAGGACACUGAGCUGUCCCCUUGGUUGAGUCCAGUCCUGGUUCUUCCCGUGCUGCAGCUUCUGUCCUGUUCAGAGCUCACAGAGCCGCUUGCAGAGCGCCACACACAUGCACUCAACAAAAACCUGGCUCACAGUGUGCUCCGCAGCAUCACCAAGCAGACUCAUAGAGUCCAACAGUCUAUUCUACCAGAAGCCCUUCUUUUGACUUCCUGGUUCAGUGAAAUAAGAGUGGCUGUGUCUAUACUGCGUCAAAUGGUGGAUCAUCCUUCAGCAGCUGUCGACUGGCUGCUGUCGCUCACCGCGGCUCUGUCCAGCAGCCAGUGUCUGCCGAGCUCUCUCACACUCAUCGUCACACACCUCAUCAUCACCAGCCGGGAUGAUGUCUGCCAGCUGGCUCUGAACGCCGUUCAGGCCAUCGCGGCGGCCGAUCCUCGUCAGGUCCCGUCCCUCCUUCCUGUGCUGCUCUUAAAGCUGGGCAAAGAAAAGAAUCCAGGCCUGGCUCAUGCUGUUCUCAACUGCCUGCCGAACCUCGGCACGCACAAGCUAUGCAUCCCGAUGGUGCUACAGACUCUCCGCAUGCUUGCGAGCAACCCCAAGCUGAAAGCUGUGGCCAUGCGACUCAUUACUGUCCUCUGGAAGAAACAGGACCGAGUUUACCCCGAACUGCAGCGUCUGAUGGCUGAGCAGAACAAAAAGGUGGUGAUGGGGAGAGACACUCAGUGGGAGCAGGUGCUGGCCAGGGCGGCCUGCCUUCGGGACAUCUGCAGAGAGAGGCCUUACCAGCAUGGAAGUGACAUGUUGGCUUCUAUUGCUUCUACCCUGAAUCAAUACACCAAACCAGACCAGGCGACACCAGCAGCUCUCGCUCUACAAGGACUCCAUGAGUUGUGCCGUGCAGAGGUCGUGGACAUGGUGUCAACAUGGAGAAGUCUUGGUCCAGAGCUCAGGUGUGACUCUCGUCCACUGAUGGUCAAAGCCGUCGCUCAGCUUCUGGCUCUGGUUCCUCAACUCACCGUCAAGUCUGAGGAAUAUGAGAAACUAAUGGAGGAGGUGGUGAGCUUUCUUUGGAGUUACGCCCUGAGUGAGGAUCCGGAGGUGGCCAGCUGUGGUUUUCAGGCUUUGGCGGACUUUCCUGAAGUGGUUCAUACGAUAAAUCAUCUUCCUAAGGCAGCCAGGCCUGCUGUAAAGCACGAGGAAGAUGAGUCGGAGGAGAAAGAUGAACAGGAGAAGGACCUCUCCGUGCCGGGUUCAUCUUAUGUGAAGCUGCUGGCUCUAACUGCUUUACCUGUUCUCCCAGCAUUCCAGCUCUUUUUAACAUCACUGGUGAAGCAGGAAAUGAGCCAGAUGCCAAGGGGGGUGUAUUUCUCAGCCCUAAAGGGGGGCAAUCUUCGUUCGGACCAGGGUAAAACUGUAGCAGGGAUCCCGUCGUUCAUGCUUAAGUACUAUGAGAAGAACAAGCAGCCUGGACUCAAACCUGGACUAGCAGCUGGCCUGUUGCUUUGCUAUGAGCUUCCCCGGCAGACCGACCGUGAAGGUCGAGCCAUUCAUCGUUUCCUUCUUAACCGCAGUCGUAGCUAUCAGCAGACCCUGGCCACUCUUAUUCACGAAGUGAACAUUCAGCCGUCCGAUUGGCACCGUGCGCUGCUCCUGCCUCAAGCGUGGCGGGGUUUCAUGAAUCGCACAUUCCAUGCAGUCCUCGAGGGUCGACAUGCCGAGUUGGAAAUGCUGUGUAAACAAGGCAAAGAGAACCCGGAAGACCUUCAGUACAAGCAACACUGUGCCUGGUUGUGGGCCAGAGAUCAGUUAGUAGAUGUCAUCAAAAGUGCAACAAAGGACAGUCCGGUUAUUCAGGGUAACUCUGUGCUUGCUCUGAGCGCCCUGGCUGCUGUCGUGACUAAAUAUGAGAGCAACCUACCUGCUGAUAAUGACGGCGGCCUUGGGGCUGGACCAGAGUUUGUGCCCACAAGAAGUUGGUUGGCCAUGGUGCUCGACACCCUGCUCAGCAUCAGCAGCAGCAACUACAAGGCCAAAGGUCAAGUGUUUCCAUGGUACCUGCAUCGCUCCUACUCAGGAGACAACACAGCAAGCGCCAUUGCUCGAUCCUGCGCCAGCCUGGCCCUGCCCCUGCUUGUCCCGGUGCUGGUUCUGUGGCACCAAGACGGUCUGAACCAGGUCUUGUCAACACUGCGGACAGGCCUGCCUGGGUCUCCCACUGCAGACGACUCUCACGCCAUACAGUUCCACUCAGGCCUGGCUCUGGGUAUGGUGUUGUCCAGUCUGCACCAUCAGCGCCUCAGUGAUGUCUCCUCUCAGCUGGAUGCUCAGCUCCUCCUCGACACUCUCUCUGCUCUGGAAGCUUGUUCCUUUGACACCAAUGUAGAAUACAAUACCGGCUGCAUGUUGGGUUUGGGUCUGGUGCUUUCAGCCUUCUGUAACAGCGGACAGACGCAGCAUCACGGCCGUGUAACGGCAACACUCGACAAACUACUGAGCGCCUUACAAGACAGCAGCGGGAAGGGACGCAUGCUGCAGGAGGUUUUGUCGUAUUCUGUGGCAUGUGUCAGCGUCUCGGCCUUCAGCGCAUCGAUCAUUGAUGCCAACAAGGCAGAGGAGGUCAUGAACACUCUGCGUACCUGGACGGAGGAAAGCCAGCAGACUCCAGGCUUCUCCAUGGCUUUGGGCCUAGUGGUCCAUGGCUUGUCUCUGUGCGGUCAUGGCAAAGCAGAGGACCUCCAACCUCGUCUACUGGCUGCUUGGGUCAAGAUUUUAUUGGCUGAGGGAUGUCCCACCAUGCAACGUCUAGCUGCUCUUAAUGGACUGGUGGCCUUAGUGGGAUCAGAGAGUUAUCUCGUUCAGCUGAAAAGUGAACAGGAGCUUUCCUCUCAUCAGCAGAGCAGACUUAAUGAGGUUAUUCGUACCAUCUCACAGAUUGUGACCUUCUCAGGAGCAAUCGGCUUGCAGUCCAACUGUGCCUGUCUGCUGGGUCACUUACAUUUGUCACACAUGUUCACCGGCCAUAGUCACACAGCAGUCCCUCAGGAUUUCAGCUACCUCUCGGAUAGAAGUGUCAUCAAAGCUGUCGUGGACUUGCUCACAGAAGCUGGAAAGAAAGGUCCAGAGUUUGCCCAUCCGAGUGUGGUCAAAACUGCUCUGACAGCUCUGGCCUCUGUUGGAGCCAGCUUCCAGUACCCCCCCAUCAACUGGAGUACUGUCCUGUCCCCUCUGAUGAGGCUCAGCUUCGGCGAGGAAGUUCAGCAUCAGUGUUUGAUGCUGGCGGCAGCUCAAGCUCAGUAUUCCCAGAACGCAUCACUCUUUCUCGGCUCCUGGCUGUCACCACCUCUUGCGUACAGUAUCAGUUCCCAGACCCGGGCCUUCCUCUAUGAGAAUCUCUCCUUGUGGAUGAAGCAUGUUGCAGAGGACAAGCUACAGUUCUAUGUUACCACGCUGGGCCUGCAGGCCUUCCAAGAAGAUCAUCGACCUCAGCGUCUCUCCCUGUGUUGCUCCGUACUGCAGGGCCUUGCUCAGGCCAUGGCCUUGCCCAACCCGCCCAACGUGUGCUGGGGGGUGCUGUGCUCCACCACAGAGAAGAUCUUUAGCCUCCUUCCUAACCAAAUUAAGGCUGGUGAAGUGGAUUUGUACUUUGGAAUUGCCAAAUGUUUGCGUGAGAUGUCUGAUACUGAGAUUGACCGCAUUGCCAGCGUCACAGAGGCUCAGAUGGAGAAAACCUGCUUUGUCUUAGCUUACCUGGCAUCCCAGGGCAGAAUUCCCCUCCUCGGGCUGAAUGACAUCAUCGCCAGUGUUCUCCGUGGUUGGCCGAGCCACCGAGUGGGCUGGUUUCUUGUGCAUACCUUCUACCAAUGUCGCCUGGCUGCCAGCGUUCACACAGGUGUAAGCAAACGAAUGGAGUGGCUGCUGGAGCUGAUGGGACUCACCCGAAAUGUUGCCUACGGCUCCGCCUCUGUCAUGUGUAUGGACGCCAAACUGGCCACAGACUUCCUGUUUCAAGUUUUUGCCGCCGCUGUCGUUUCCUGGGGUGACCACUCCAUGCCCCUCCUGCUCUGCAUUAGAACCUGUUGGUUCCCAUGGCAACCUAUGUCCAAGCCCAAUGCCUCGCUCCCACACGACCUGUACGGCGAAGAGUCGCUUACAGAACGAACCCUGCCUCGAUGCCUGCUGGGACUGUCGCACAGCCUGCCCCUACUUCUCAACAAAGAACCGUGGAGCUGCCAGUCGCACAAGUUCAUAGAGUUUCUUCUCAGCAUCACGGAGGGACCUGAACAAAGUCUGACGAGCUCAACCAUCAACACAGCCAAAGCUGCUCUUUUGGCCCUAAGCUAUUCUCCAGAGUUCAAGAAGAAGUCAGUGUGGACCAGAGCGUAUGGCUGGUAGUCCACACGCAGAAACACAGCUUCACAACCAUGCAAACACAGUCAUGUGUAAAUAAAAGAAUGCUUCCAUAUAUAUUGUAUCUUUUAGUUUCUAAGACACCAGUCACUUCCUUUUUGUCUUCUUGGUCCACCUCUCCAGCUGAUGUUGUCUCUCCUUCAGCAACUGCCACACUGUGAACGACGCUCCUGACAACAGCAAAGUAUUACAGCAGUGACGGGGUUAAAGAUGCACAAUUAUAUUGUUUUCUUCUUCUUCUAUGAUGAGUCUAGCUUCAUCCUACCGAGAGCAAGAAGAGGCAGGGAGGCUGUGAGGAUGAACUGUUGUUGACUGGGUGAAGAAUCCGUGGAAUUCUGUAUGGCGGAAGCUUCUUGCGCAAUGUCAAGCGUUGCUUGGUAUAUAGUGACCCCUGGAGGACGGGAAGUGGACUACAUCAACAAAGUUGGAAAAUUGACUUUGAUAGCGGAAGCAGGAAAAAGCUGCAACAUUCGCCAACGGCUGUGCUUCCUCAUACUGGCGGCCCAGCAGCCGCAACACUUUGCCCAGUUCGUCACCUGGUACGCCGCAGCUCUGCAAGUAAAAGCCACGAAUCGCCAAAAUUAGAGUGCAAGACGGGCCACUCCAAGCGAGAGGAAAGAGCCAACUCAACUGCUGGAUGAUGCUGUCUGACUCUGGCUCCAUCUUCAGAGGCCUCUGGAAAGUCUGGUCGAGAGGUCCGGGAGAACUUUAUGCUCAACUUAGCCUGAUCAGGCGGCUUCUAUGCCGGAGGGUCUGAUGGGUACCCCGCCUCUCACCCAAAGACAGCUCCAGUGACCCUUGUGAGGAUAAGCGGUACAGUAAACAGACGGCUGCAUGAGGGACAAGUGGAAUUCUUGCUAAAAUGUUUCCGGUGUGGACAGAUCCAAACAACCGAGUGACAGGUAUAACAAGUUUUUGUGCAAUUUUACUCGUAAUUGUGACAAAUAUAGAUUUUUUUUAACAUAAUACGUUCUUCUAAACCACUAUUGGUAACAACAUAUGCUAGCUGCUGGUGUUGUUAUAAAGUAUGUUUUGUUUUUUUUAAUGUAAUCUCAAGCUAGUUGUAGUGUCCCUUUACUAGCUACCAGUCAAGUAGCUAUGUGGCACAGUGCUUUCGUUAGCCACCAUAAAUGGGCGUAGCUUGAAUACAUCCGGGGUUUUUAUACUGUUUCUUCUCCUUUGAACGAAUUGGAACGUUCGAGAAUUAUGACGUUUGCUUCCUGGAAACGUUUUCCAGUCAUAUAAAAUAAAUAGUUUUAACAUCUACUAGGAAGUUAUUUGCAGUAGUUGUUAUGGCUACAUUACUGAUAACAAAAACAUUUUAAUUGGUCUAAAACGUGCCUGUUUUCUUCGUAAGCAACAGUGCCCCCUUGCGUCGCACGCAGCAGGUUAAAAGCCAAUGAUAAUGCCGUAGAAUGCAUACAAUUUGAGAUUUCCUUUAUUCAUAUUCACAAACAAUAGUCGUUUAACCAUCUUUGUAUAAAAAAACCUAAACGGUCCAAAUGAAUUUAACAGAAAAGGCACACAUAUUUGGAAAUAACCAAAGGACCAUCGAUUUCUUACCAAAGUUAAGACAGAAAAUUAAAUUACCUCUGUUAAGAGAACAUUUUUGGCCCUUGAAGUAAACAUCUUCAAAUUAUGCAACACACUAUUAUUGAACAGUAUGUUAUGUGGCAUAAUACUAACAUGAGUGUACUGAACUUACUGAGUGGCGUGCAGUCAGUACCAGCAAGGCCUUCCCUGCUGGCCAAACACUAUCAAAAACACUGACCUACAUUUACGACUUCAUUCUAGUAUUUAUUGCAUGAAAUUAUAUUACGUUAUUAUUUUACAGCCCAUUAUCUUAUUUUGUAUCAUGUGUCUUAGUUGUACAUGUUAAUUUUGGCUGAUCAGAAUACCAAUGUCUUUCCAUACUCUGGUUGAUGUCAGAAAACCUAUUGAUUACCACACAAGUUGUCAGAGCGCUUAAAUGCAUCAUCACAACCACAGUGACACUUAAUUGAUCCUGUUUUGACCUGAAGAAAGAAGAAGACAGGCUUGGAGUUGCUCAUCGGUGUGUGUUUUAUAUAAGCCCAGGAAGGGAUGUGUUCAUUAGACUAGGGGUGAUAACUGAGUGUUGAAAGUGAUGUAUGUCAUUUGUUUUUGUCAUGUUAUUUAAAUAUUGGGUCUGACCUGCUUCAGAUUAUGUAGUCUAUAGUUUUGAAGUUUGUAUAUGUUUAGAAACAAGUAUUGGAAGUAUUGUUGCUGUAGUAAUGGUAUUCAUCUGCAAUGCCAUGCAUUGUUAGUGUUUUUGUAUAUUAUUGGUUUCUACAUUUGUGACGUGAUGGUGGUUACUAAUAGGUUCAUUGGUCAAGCACCAAUAACACAUCAGUCAAAAAGUCAGAGUCAAAAAACACUUGUUGUGAAAUCCCCGCCCCCAGUCAAAAACAAAAACAAAUAUACACAGAAGAUUGUGAAAUUAUUUCUAUACAGCGGCCACUUUAACUUUCCUUAAAUCAGUCUUUCCUCACCUUGAAACCCUGUCUUGCCAAUAACACUCAUUCAAACAAGUCCUGAUGUUCUGGAUGGACCAGGCAUCACACCAGGAUUCCAUGUAAAUGAAAUCAACACAACAGCUUAGCAAGUGCAACCCGCAAACCCCCCCCCACAUCGCAAUUUCUUUUGGAAGCAAACAUGGACGCUGCUUACUAAUAUUUCCUCUUUUCUGACUCCAAGGCAGAACGAGGAGAAGCAGGUUUGAGGGGGGAAGGGAUUAACUGUGGAUGAAGUAGGAUAAGGAAAAGGAAAAAUUCGUGGCAAAUAUUAAAAUGAGCAAUUUAAAUUAAACUAACAGCUGUUUCUUUUAAUGUCCUCUGCAAGUUGCUAACCAGAUGAGAGGAAGCCAAACCUGCAACCUUGUACACUGUACAAGUCAAAUUUUGGGAGACAAAGCAAAAAGCAAAGUAAGGAUCGAUGGCCAAAAUAUGGAGGGUCAGAGGCGUGGUCCGCCCUUAGUGGCCUCUUCUGUUGUAGCGCCUCAAUUGUUCUCCUCGUCGCUGUCGUCGGGGCUGAUAGCUGGGCUGUACGUGGGCGACGUGGGGCUGUAUCCGGGUGAGGUUGGGCUGUAAGUGGAGCCUUUCGGGCUUGUUGGCGAGUAGGUAGGCGAUGUGGGCGAGUACUUGGGUGAAGUUGAGGAAUAUGUUGGGGAAGUGGGGGAAUAUUUCGGGCUGGUGGGCGUGUAAGUUGGAGAGGUGGGGGAGUAGGUGGGGGAGGUGGGGCUGUAUUUGGGUGUAGUCGGGGAGUAAGUGGGUGACGUAGGGGAGUAUUUCGGUGACGUUGGGGAGUAUUUGGGUGACGUUGGGGAAUACUUGGGCGAUGUGGGAGAAUACUUGGGUGAGGUGGGAGUGUAUUCUGGCGAGCUGGGGCUGUAUGAGGGUGAGGUUGGGGUGUAUUUGGGUGAAGUGGGCGAAUAGGAUGGGGAGCUGGGGCUGUAUGACGGUGAGCUGGGUGUGUAGGUGGGCGACUGGUGGGUGUAGCGUGGACUGGAGGGCGAGUAAGAUGGCGAAGUUGGGGAGAAGGAAGGCGAAGUGGGGGAAUAGUUGGGGCUGGUC